AUGAGAUACCUUUCUUCCAUUAUCUCAUGCUUAAGCCUUACCCUAGGCGCUCGCGCUUCCCACCCUGUGGGCACCUACGCUUGCAGAGCGUCCGCUACAUCUGGCGGUACUCUGGUAUUCGCUAGUGGCCAGCAGACUGUUCACAUAAGCGUAAUUGACGGUGAGUGCGGCGCUUCUGCUGACGUCCCUUAUACUGUGACGCCUAUUCACGGUUCUGACGAGUUUCGGGUGGUACCUGAUUACAGCUCGACCAACUUCAAGACAGCCAUAAGUAGCUGCAGGUCUACUGCUCUCCAUGCUGACUCCUUCAACACAUUCCGGGUGGAGUCGAGAGAUGGUGUUCUAAUGAGCCAUAUCACUGUCAACGUUGGUAGCGGGUCAGCAUGGGAAUACUGGUUAAGUAGCCGCCCCGCCCCCACGCAACCAGCAACUACACAAGCUCCUCCCACUACGGUGCAGCCCACCCCAGCAAUUCCUGAGAGCCAUCCUAUCGGCGCUUUCGGUUGCAGGGGAUCAAACCGGUACGGUGGUCGUCUAGAUUUCGACGAAGAUAAGCAGGUGCUACGCAUCAGUGCCACGGUCGGGUCCUGUGGUGUUUCGGCCUCUGACGUCCCUUAUACCAUAACUCCCAUCCCCGGUUCUAACUACGAGUAUUGGGUCAAGCCUGACUAUAGCUCUACUGAUUUUAAAGUACGCCUCGCUGCUUGCCGAGAUCCUUCUAUUAAUGCCGACUUCUUCGACAGUCUACACGUCAAAUCCAACAAGGGUGUUCUCAUGAGCGACAUCACUAUCAGUGGCGGUGUGAGGGGGUCUUCGUGGAACUGCUGGCCUAACUACGAGGUCUCCGCCGGUCCGAACUACCACUACGUAUGCGCCACCAAUAAGCCACCCCGUGGGAAGCUUUUAUACUUCCAUGAGUGA